AUGCCAAAGGGUAAUUUUGAUAAUAGGCAUAGUAUUCGAGCAAUAGCAAAUAAAUUUGAAAUUGAACCAAAGCAAAUAGAUAGUGCUAAAAAUAGUUCAAAUUUUGAUUUUAAGAAAGCAUUAGAUAAAAAGAGAGAAAUUAGUAUUAAAGAAGAUAGAAGUCAUAAUAAUGUAGGUAAUAAAAAUAAUCAAAAUAAUGAAAAUAAUCAAAAUAAUAAAAGUGAUCAAAAUAAUGAAAGCAAUCAAAAUAAUAAAAAUGAUCAAGAUAUUGAAAAUAGUCAAGAAUAUGAAUUUU